CCCUGCUCCGUGUCAAAAUCCGGGGCGUGGCCUCGGGUAGACAUGCAUGAAAAUCCGGGGAACGAUCCUCCAUUCAAUGUAUACCGGGCUGGCAGUCAGGUUUACAGUCCCGCAGCCAGUCCGCCAGCUAGUCCCGCAAAAUCCACCAGCCAGUCCAGCAACCAAUCCAGCAGCAAGCCCCGCAAAGUCCAGCAGUCCCGCAUAGUCCAGCAGUCCCGCAAAGUCCAGCAGCUUCCCUCGCCAUCGCCAAGUGGAAACCGAUGACAAGUCAGAUGGAGUCUCGGGUUUCAUACCGAGACCAAGAACUCUCCACAAGACAUUUAGCCAAAAUUCCGACACCAUCAUGAUAGGUUGGAUGGUUUAGAGAGAAGAUCGUGAUAGGCUGGACGGUCUAGACGACGUCAAGAUCACGGAAUGAGUUGUCUAGAGCUUCACUCGGCGCAGAUGCCAGGUUGGGAACUUGAGAAGCAAGUUGACAGCCCAGCUCAGAUAUAUAAAUCCAGACGUUUCCUCCAGCAUCCAGCAACCAGCAUCCAGCAUCAGUCAACCAUCACACUGCAAGUGUCAUCAUGGUUUCUUUCAAGUCUCUCCUCCUUGCCGCCACGGCCGUGACCUCUGCUCUUGGUCGUCCUUUCGACUUUCUCGACCAGGACAACGGCAACUCGACCGACGCUCUCGAGAGGCGCCAGAUCACCCCCAACAGUGAAGGCACCCACAACGGCUACUUUUACUCUUGGUGGUCCGAUGGUGGCGGCCAGGCUACCUACACCAUGCUCGAGGGCAGCCGUUACCAAGUGAGCUGGAGAAACACUGGCAACUUUGUUGGCGGCAAGGGAUGGAACCCGGGCAACGGCCGCACCAUCAACUAUGGCGGUUCCUUCAACCCCCAGGGCAACGGAUACCUCGCCGUCUACGGCUGGACUCGCAACCCUCUCGUCGAGUACUACGUGAUCGAAUCCUACGGCACUUACAACCCCAGCAGCGGCGCCCAGUACAAGGGCAGCGUCCAGACCGACGGGGGCACCUACAACAUUUAUGUUUCCACCCGCUACAACCAGCCCUCCAUCGACGGCACCAGGACUUUCCAGCAGUACUGGAGCGUACGCACCUCGAAGCGUGUUGGUGGCUCCGUCAACAUGCAAAACCACUUUAACGCCUGGGCCAGAUAUGGCAUGAACCUCGGCCAGCACUACUACCAGAUUGUCGCCACCGAGGGCUACCAGAGCAGCGGCAACUCUGACAUUUAUGUCCAGACACACUAG